AGGGCCCCUUCAAAGAUCGAAGCAUCGCACGUCUGGGACGGCCGCGCGAUGUGCGGCGGCCGCCAGCGGCCGCCGGCGGCAACGGCCGCCUGGCUUGCGGGAGCUCGUCCGCCGACGGCCUGCAUUCUGUCGGCAGUUCGACGAUCGAGGCCUGCCGCGGCGCCUGCCACUGCGCCGCCCCUUAGUCCAGGAGCCCCACCGCCGCCGCAGCGGCCGGGCAUCCACAGCGCGCUGGCGGCCCCGCCGCAGACCGCCGAGGAUGUGGGGCGCCUGCUGGAGAACAGGGACGCGCUCGAUACCAUCAUCGCCCUGGAGAACCAGGGCCGCUACAUGGAAGGCAUCAUCGCCGGCUGGAGCUCGGGCCACCGCCAAGAGCCCAUGACCGAGGAGGAGCUCCGCACGGCGCGCGCCACGGAGCGGGGGCCCCGCCGGCCCGCGGCCCGCGCUCGGGCGAGCCAGGGCCCGCGCGGCAGAGCCGGCCCGCUGACGGCGAGGUGAGCGCUGGUCGCCACUCUCGCCCGCCCGCCGCCAGUCGUCGGGCCAGCCCCCGUUCUGGCUCGCAGCCCUCGUCCCUCUGGUCCCUGGA